CCAAUGCGCCAAAGGCGGCAUGGGAGACUAAUGGCGGCAGAGCUCGGCUGGAGGAAGCAGCACAGGCGUGGAAGAUGCAUGGCGGUGUGCUGGCAGUGACUACGACGACGAUCCACCAGGUAUUGCAUGCGCUGGGCGGUCUAGAGCCGACUCUGAUGCUGCUCCACCACUUGAGCUGGAUUGGCCCAGCGAGUGCCGCCAGCCAAAGAGGGCCCGCUGGGCACCGACGAAAGAGCGUUUGACCAGCGCACAAUGGAGCACACGCCGUUGCCUUCAUUCUUCAUGUGGCUCCGCGAUCUUGUCCGUGGCGACCCCAAGCACCUGGCAGGCAUCCGGGCGGUGAACUUUGUUCCCCUGGUGGCCAGCAUCCUGCAGAAGCACCUGCAGGACCCUGGCAUGCACCUGACGCUAGCGGCAUUCCGCGCCAUGCAGGCGUUCCAGACUGCCUUCGAUGAGCAAGGCGGGCUGCUGCCGGCGGUCUACAGCGACACAUCGGCGUUCUGGAGCCAGGUGCAGCAUGAUCUGAUCCUCAAUGUCAGUAUCUGGCGGCAUGCCGAGGUGGGCAACCAGAUGGAGUAUCUGAAGGAGAUACACAAGGUGCUGUGUGUGGGGCGGCGCGGCGAUCGACUCGGCAAGCGCACCAACGCGGCAGCCAGCAUCAGUGGGCAUAGCGGCGGCGGCAGCAGUGUGGGCGUGCGCUGGAUUCUGUACGUGCUCUUCAACCUGUAUCCGUACGACUCGUCGCAGCAUUUCCAGCAGCAGCAGAGGUCGAGCCGCUCGACGCCCAAGCCGCAGGCGCCGCAGCGGAUCUCGGUGCUGAUCAACGAGGGCGCUGACCAGGAGUCGAUCAGCGAGAGCCUGGCCACCAGCGAAGACGCGCUGAGUCUGCAUGACGGGGACGACACUGAGGGCGAGCUGCCUGGGUUUGCUGCGUUGCCACGAGCCGAGACACGCCAGCUGCGACGUGUCUUGCUGCAUACGCUGGAGCUGUUUCUGUCGGCAUCCGAGGACCAGCCGUCGCGUCAUACGAGCGGCGGGGUCCCCGAGCCAAACAAGGUGGAUGUCUCGCACCUGGUGCAGCAUCUGCUGUAUGCGUGCAACCGCGACGGUGAGCAUACGCGCGAGAUCCUGCAGCUUCUGUUCCGCAGCCUGGCCGACGGCUCAGCCAGCGCUGGGCAUCUGGCGUCGCGGCUGCUGGGGCAGCGCGGGCUAGGUAUGCUGUGCCAUAUCAUUGAAUGCGAUGAUGAUGCGUUGGCAGCCGAAGCCAUCAACAUCAUUGCCUUGCUGUCAGCCAUGUCGGCAACGGGCAAGGGCAAUGCCAGCACUGCCAGCCGCCUGGCAAACAGCAUCCGUGGCCGUGGGUCAGCCAGUGUCGAGCACGAGAACAUUGCCCGCGCAUUGACGCUGGUGCGCACAAAGCGGGCGCUGACGCCAGCGCUGUACCGGGCACUGCUGGCGCUGGCGCUGGGCGACCACGAGUCGCUGCUGGCCAGCAUCAACAUCGACCCCAUGCAGUCCGGGCCGAGGCGCAAGCGCCAUAUGCGGAAUCUGUCGAGCUGCGGCGACGCUAUCUCGGUGCAUGACCAUAUGAACAUCCAGGAGUCGUUUGUCAGCUCGUUGCCGGCUCGCUCAAUAGCUGUGCCUGAUGCCUGGUAUGCGAUCUUGGAGCUGUCGUGUGCGCCGCAGACCGAGCCGUCGAUGCGCGUGCUGGCAGCCACCGACCUGCGACAGUUGCUGGAUGACGAACCGGGGAACUUCUCGAGCCUGUAUUCGCCUGGCGCGCCGCUGUUGGGCUUGCUUCUGCGGGUCGUGGUGCUUGGCGGGUUCUUCACCGACGAGCUCUCAGCUAAAUCCCACAGCGCCGAGCAAAAGCCGGCGCAGCAGCCGCAUCUAGCCGACGUGUUUGUCAAGGCGCGCAACCACCUGAGCCUGAUUCCGCAUACAGCGCUCGACCAGCACAUGCAGAAUCUUGCCCACGGCCAUAUCUCCUCCCGCAAGGCUUGGGUCACUCGACGGGUGGCGGCGCUGCGGCGCACGCCUGCUGGAAUCACGUGCAGUGACAGUGCGUUGGCAGUCCAGGCCGAGACCGAGCUGCUUACUUCCGUUGAGGAGUGGUCGCAGGUGACUAUUGAUUUGGCACUGCUGGUGAUCUGGGAUCUGUUUGAGCGCAAGCCUGAGAGCGCACAGGAGGUUCACAAUGCUGUGCUCCUGCUCUGGGCCUAUUCGCCAACUGGCGCUGUACCGCUGGCCUUAUGCCUGAUCGCGAUGGUGCUGGCCAGAGCCCAUAUGGAGCUGGCAUCAGCGGCCAUUUCUGCGCAUGGCCAGCCAACGCUUAGCGAGCGACCCGUGCUGCUGCAGAACCUGGCGCGGUUUGCAGUGAACGCACUAGAUUUGCUGUUCGGGUACCGCCAGCACCAGGAGUACGUGGCAUUCCACCACGAGCGGCUCAAGGCACUGUCCAGCACGCCAGCAGCAACACCGCCGCCCAGUACUGCGGCUGACUGCGACGCCGUGUACAAGAGCCAGCACAGCCCCUGGGACGAUACGCCGCAGCUGGCACGUGAGCUGUCCAAGUUCCUAAUGCAGCUGGACGAGCACCGCACACAGCUACACAUGCCCGCUGUGCGACCAGACAUUGCGGCUGGUGCUAUCGGGGAUCCGAAGCAUGCAGUUGCGGUGUGUUGAAGAGAGCCUGACGUUCCUGGUGCAGCUGCUGGAGCGCCACCCGCAGCUGGGUGCCAGUCCCGACCUGCCUCUAUCUGAUGCCUCUGGCUUCGUGUGCUCCGGCGGCUGCUCACUUGCGCACAGCGCCCUGGCCAUCCUCGGCUACAUUCACGAGGCAUUCGUAUUCUCUGAGGAGCAGAAUGCCUCAGGCAGUGCUACGCCCAGCAGCUCAUCACACGACCGGGAGGCCAUUGCGCAGCAGACGCGCGAAAGCAUCGGCGCCCUCUACAUGCUGGUGUUCCAGCGGCUGCGCGGGUAUCUCGAGACCCACUGCCUGACGCUGUUUGUGUCGCGUGGCGCCCAGGCCCAGAAUAUCGACAAGUCCACAGACGCCUUUGUUGAAUUUGUACAGGCACCCGACUG